AUGUCGUCUUCGUUGCUCUCCCGCUCCGCUCGUCUGAGCAUGGCCCGCCAGCCGUUGGCCAACACCGUCAGAUACAGAGCUCUCUCCAGCUUCAGGGCGCCCACCAUAGUCAAUGAGCCAAACCAACACUACGCCAGAGGUUCGGAGCAGAGACAGGGUCUGCAGGCAGCCCUGCAGUCUCUCAAGGCCUCUAUCCCCGUCCAGGUCCCUUACCAUUUCCAGGACCGGAACCCUUCUGCCCAUGCAGAAACCGUUGCGAAAUACUUCAAUGCCACCGAGGCAGAUGUCUCGCGCAUGAUCGAGGACUCGCUCAAGGCAAAGCCGGCGUGGGAGUCUCUCCCCUUCGCUGAUCGAGCGGCCGUCUUCCUCAAGGCCGCUGACCUGGUGGCGGGCAAGUACCGCUACGAGAUCAUGGCGGCGACCAUGCUCGGACAGGGCAAGAACGCGUGGCAGGCCGAGAUCGAUGCGGCCGCUGAGCUGGCAGACUUCCUCAGAUUCAACGUCCAGUACGCCGAGGAGCUGUACACACAGCAGCCAGAGCACCACGCCGCCGGUGUGUGGAACCGCAGCGAGUACCGCCCCCUCGAAGGGUUCGUGUACGCCAUCUCACCCUUCAAUUUCACUGCCAUCGGCGGCAACCUGGCCGGAGCUCCUGCUCUGAUGGGCAACGUCGUGCUGUGGAAGCCCAGCCCGCACGCUGUCUACGCCAACUACCUGACCUACAAGAUCCUGCUCGAAGCCGGCCUGCCCAAGGAUGUGAUCCAGUUUGUGCCUGGCGACGCCCGGAUGGUGACCCGGGUUGCUCUCGCGCACCGAGACUUCGCCGGCCUGCACUACACCGGCAGCACCGCCGUCUUCCGCGAGCUGUACGGCAAGAUCGGCCAGGGUAUCGCUGCGGGCACCUACCGCAGCUACCCCCGCGUCGUGGGCGAGACAGGCGGCAAGAACUUCCACCUCAUCCAUAGCUCCGCUGACAUCGAGAACGCAGCUAUCAACACAGUUAGGGGCGCCUUUGAGUUCCAGGGCCAGAAGUGCAGUGCUACCUCUCGCGCCUACGUACCCCAGUCCCGCUGGGCGGAGUUCCGUGAGAUCCUCGUGCGCGAGACAGAGAAGCUCAAGAUAGGACCACCUGAGGAAUUUGCCAACUUCAUCGGCCCAGUCAUCCACGAGGCCUCCUUCAACAAGCUGGCAGGCGUGAUCGACGCAGCAAAGCAGGACAAGACCGUGCAGCUGCUGACCGGGGGCCGCUACGACAAGAGCCAGGGCUACUACGUGCACCCGACCGUGCUGCAGGUGAGCGACCCGGAGCACGAUCUGAUGAAGAACGAGUUCUUUGGCCCCGUGCUGGCCGUUUACGUCUACGACGACGCCGCAGAGAGCGCGUUUGGCGAGAUGUGCAAGAUGAUUGACCGCACGACGGAGUAUGGGUUGACUGGGGCGGUCUUUGCGCAGGACCGCGCCGUCCUCCGAUUCGCCGAGGACGCGCUGCGCCAUUCUGCUGGUAACUUCUAUCUCAACGUCAAGAGCACCGGGGCCGUGGUUGGUCAGCAGGCCUUUGGCGGCGCCAGGGCGAGCGGCACCAACGACAAGGCCGGCAGCGCCAACCUGCUCACCCGCUUCGUCAACAUCCGCUCUAUCAAGGAAGACUUUGUCGGCUGCACAGAAGUCGAGUAUCCCAGCAACAAGUAG